GGACUAACAUUGCAUCAUUUAUUGUCAUCUUAUAAGAGCAUCUCCAAUGGCCUUCUUUUGACACAAGCUCUUUAAUGCCACGUCUGUAAUUUAGAAAGAAUGGUAGGAAUUUUGUCUCCAAUGCACUCUGUCACGAGCUCUUUAAUGUUGAUAUGGAUUCAAUGCUGUCAAAGCCACUGUUGGAAUUCCCAAAGUGCGUUUAAGCGUGACUCAGCAAGUCCUACAACAAGCGGACACUUCGAAAAAAUAAGCGGCAACUCUGAAAAAGUUCGCGGCACUCCAUAUUUACCGCACACCUCAUCAUAUUUUAUCUUCAUCACUCUCAACCCUUGCUCUACCGUCAAGUAUUCUGCCAAAUACAGAUCUUCCGUCGGCGGUGGUUCUCAUCCGGUGGAAAUCCUUUCUUGAGAGGUAAAUUCUCCCCACGCAUGUCCUUGUUAUGAACUUUCGAAAACCUCAAUGCUUGUAUUCAUAAACCACGCAUGUCCUUGUUAAUUUGUUGUCAUAUACAUAAUUUUAUUCAUGAAAUUGUUUGGGAAAUAGAGGAGAUCGUAUGAUUUUAUAUGGGUAUCAUCAAUUGCCGCAAGCAGCAUCUUUGAAGUAUACUUGUCAGGGACGUUUUUAAUAAUUGAUGAUACAAAACUUUAUUCUUAUAAAUAUGUGAUAAGUUUUGCCAUCAGUGCAAUGAUGCUUUGAACAACUAAUAUUCUUUAGUUCAGAAACAUUCGAAGGUAAGAGCCUAUGGGCAUCUGGCAAUUAUUUACUUUUAUUUAGAAGACUAAUUACUUCUUGUAUUUGUUACAAAGCUGAUGUUUCUUUAUUCCAUUUCUGUUUUACUUUUAAUUUUAAGUGCGGUUGGAUGGAGUUUUGAUCUCAAGUAGUGAAAAGAAUACUUCUACCAUGUGACACGUUUUAUUUCAAAAGCAUACCUUAGAACAUUGCAGUGAUUAAUAUAGCUUUAUUCUUAUUAAUCAUUGAUGAAAAAUUAAAAUGUGUGUAAAGUUUUGCCACCAUAUGAAAGGGGUCAUUCAGAUAAGUUUGUAAAAUUGUCCCAUUGCUAAAACUUUGUAAAAUACGAAUUAGAAAUUAAAGAAUGCAUUCUAUUCUAGCUGCAAUGUUUUUCAGUUUAUAUUAAAUUAUUAUAGCUCUGCUUUAGUCUUAAAGUACUUGCUAUUAUUCUGGAUUAAUAAUUUUUUAUUUAUAAGACUAUUUGCAUUAUCUGUUAUUAUUUAGUUUGAUGAAUUUUAGUAUAUUAAAUAGUGAGGGUGCCUAUGGAUUUGAGUUUUUCCUUCCAGUAAGAACUACAAACUUGUUAUUGCAAUGUUUGAUUUAUUCAUUUUGAUAUUUUGGUAUAUCUAAUGCUUAUUUGUCAAAGUAGCAUAAAUGGAUUCACAAGACUCAACUGAGUUUACGAACACGAGACAACCUCUGGGUUACUCCAUGCCGCCAAUGAAUGUGAAUCAAUUGAACGCUCCUGGCUACUCUUUCCCGUCAAACAAUUUGAAUCAAUUUACUCCACCACUCUAUCAAAUUGAUCCAAAAAAUGGAGCUUUUCCUUUCCAUGUUGAGCAGCAUAACACACAUCCAUUCCCCUACCAAGAAUUGUUGAAUACACCCAUCUUGAGCUCUCAAAGUUGUGAGACCAGCAAGAAAUCAAAAAAGAGAGUUAAAGAUGCCCACAAUUCUAAUACUUCUCAAAAUUGUAUGCCUCAACCUUCAAUUAUCAAAAAAGAUUGGUCUGUCGAAGAGGAGGUUGCACUAUCAGAGGCAUGGCUUUAUGUUUCUGUGGAUGCUGAUGUGGGUAAUAACUAGAAAAAUGCUGCCAUGUGGAACCGUGUCUUAGAAAUUUGGAAGGAAAAAAUGGGGCCACAUCACAAGAUAGCAAGAAGCAAUAACAGCUUUCAAUGUCAUUGGCACCAAAUACGAGGUGUCGUAAAUAAAUUUGUUGCAAAAUAUCAGCAGUUGGAACGACACCCACAAAGUGGCACAAAUAAGGAUGACUUGGUGGUAAAAGCAUUACGCUUAUAUGAGGAUUUCUAUGCAACUCCAUUCAAAUUUCUUCAUUGUUGGGAAAUAUUGAUCAAGAAUCCAAAAUGGUGCUCACAAUUUCGUACAAAGACAAGUGCACCAAUUGGACAAGGUUCAGAUAAUGGUAUUCCACCAACAUUGAAUGAGUCCUCAACUGCUAUGCCUGAAGAUGUCUUGCCACCAAAUGGCAGUGAACUAGACGGGAUUGUGAGACCAGAAGGAAGAAAAAAUUGCAAAGCCAAAAAGCGAAGGCUACAUGAAGGAAAAGACGUGGUGGAUGCCUUGAAUAAGCUGCAGACCACUUUGGAGAAACAAAUUGAUAUUAAUCAAGCAAGCAUGCAAAUGAGAGAGCAAGUGAUGAUGAAAGAAAUUGAAUUAAAAGAAAAUGCUCAAAGGCUAAGAGAAGAAAAUCAAAGGAGGCAACACCAACUUCGCAUUAUGAAUCAGGAUCUUAGUAAACUGUCACCAUCAGUUAGAGCUUCUUAUGGUGUUAUGCAGGCAAAAAUUUUGAAAGAAUGGGAAAGUGCUGGUAUUUUCUAGUCUACAAAGUUGCACUUGAAAGUCACAAAGUUUGAAGAUUUGGGUUUCAUUAUCUCAUGCAGACUCUAUUUAAUCAAGGAUUUUUUCCUUUCUUUCCAGUUUUAAUGUUUUUUUAUUUGUUUUGAACACUUAUAGCAUUCAGUUUGUCUCGUAGUUUUAAUUUGAAUACAUUACAUUAUGAGUACGUUCCUUCAUCGUAGCCAUGACUGUAGUGGUUCUUUAGUUAUCAUAAACUUGUGCUCCAUAACUAUUAU